AUGGUAUCGGCACUGCGAUCGGCGUCCAUAGCCGUGCGGGGGGCUAGCACCUCCCGCGUCGCAGGCCCUCGGGCGCUGUCGACAGCUUCGACGGCACCCGCAUCCACCUCGCAAGCCAGCUCCUCUGCUGCAUCGACCUCACGGCCACGCGUGAUCUUUUCGGGCAUCCAGCCCACGGGCAUCCCACACCUGGGCAACUACCUCGGCGCGCUACGCAACUGGGUGGACCUGCAAAACGCUUCGCGCGACACGUCGGACGAGCUGUACUUUAGCAUCGUCGGCUAUCACGCCAUUACGAUGCCUCAGAACCCAUCACGUCUCCGCACGGAGCGUUCCGAGAUGAUGGCGACGCUGCUUGCGAUCGGCCUCGAUCCACAGCGAUGUACGAUCUUCCACCAGGACCACGUGGCGGAGCAUACGGAGCUUGCAUGGAUCCUGAACUGCCUCGCGUCGUUUGGGAAGCUGCACCGCAUGACUACGUGGAAGGCGAAGCUCGCGACGGCGCGCAAUGUGUCCGACUCGACGGAUGUGGAUGACAAAGACCUCAGUCUGGGGUUGUUUGCGUAUCCAGUGUUGCAGGCGGCGGAUAUUUUGCUGUACAAGGCAACGCAUGUGCCUGUCGGAGAGGACCAGAUUCAGCAUCUGGAACUCAGCCGCGAUCUGGCAGAUGUCUACAAUCGCCGGUUUAAGAGGACGUUCCCGUUGCCGGCACAUAUUAUUACGCCGACAAAGAGGGUUCUGUCGCUGCGCGAUCCGACGAGCAAGAUGAGCAAGAGCGCCCCAGAUGCCAACUCGAGGAUUCUGCUCACGGAUACGCCAGAGGAGGUAAGGAGGAAGGUCAGAAAGGCCGUUACGGAUGCAGAGGUAAAGCUGAGCUAUCAGCCGGAUCAGAGACCGGGCGUUAGCAAUCUGUUGGCUAUCCUUGCCGCACUUAAGUCUCAGACAGCUCCGGGGACGGUGGAGAUGGAGAAUGCUGGACCGGAGGAGUGGGCGGAGAGGCUGAAUCAGGAGAUUAGCGAGUCGGGCGCAUCUUUGGGACAGCAUCUCAAGGCGACUCUCACCGACGCAGUGGUGGAGACACUACGACCAAUCCAGGCGGAGCUCGAGAGGCUGCGGAAGGAUCCGGGCUAUUUGACCGAGAUGGAACAGCUGGGCAAGCAAAAGGCCCAAACCGUCGCGCGACGAACCAUGAGCCAGGUACGCAAAAGUAUCGGCCUCGAAUGA